AUGAAAAAGUUGGCAAUUCCAGAAGACAAAACUGCAACCUGUUUCCCAGCAAAGCUUAUUGCUUGCUCUAUUCCGGUUUCUCAUUGCUUCCUUCCGUCUAACUGGAAUGGAUACAUCAAUGGAAAGGUUGAAGUUUCAAAAGUAGUGAUUGGACAGAGCAGUUGUGACACUCAAAGCUUGGAGUCGAGACAACGAGAAACUGUGGCGAAAAUUACUAUUUGA